CUGGGGCGGACUGACAACUUAUAGGGCCCCCGGGGAAUAGGGGAUCAUGGGGCCCUGUGUCCUUGCCAAAACUCAAAAAAGCCUAUGAAAAAGGUACCAGGGACAUCUCAUGGGGCCCCCUACUGACCCCGGGCCCUCGGGCAGUGCCCGAGUUCUCCAAUGGUCAGUCCGCCCCUGCUGCAGAUAUCAGGUAUGGGGUAGAAACAAAUUCAUACCUAAAGGAUAAGUUCCCCUUUGGGAACAUGUUACAUGUUCCACCUGUUUUUAUGGUGGAACAUGUAAC